CCCCCGCGGUCUCGCUUAAACUCGAGAUGCUGGUGGAAAGAAGGAAGACGUAAUGAAGUGAGGAUCUCUGGGUUGUUGCAAUGGUCAGAUUAUCAGUUUAUUGCCACAAAUUCUACAACCCGGAGUUGCUAUGAAGAUAUUAAUGGAUGAUGAUUGGUAGAACCUUGUGUAAUUCAGAUCAGUAGGGGACUCAAUGCAGGUACAAGUCAAUGUACACAAGCUGAUUUACCAGGAGAAACUGCACCUUCAAGAGAAACACCCCCACAACGCAUCCAAAAAAUGGGAAUGCAUUCUCUACUAUGAAAUUGCCAGGGAACAGAUAUCGAGUUAUCAUUUGCAGCCACUCGAGGCUGGGGCCUCGUCCAUGUGGGCUUCAUGCUGUGGUCUGCUGAAUGAAGUCAUGGGCACAGGGGCAGUGAGAGGCCAGCAGCCUGGGUUUGGAGCCGGUGCCGGACCCUUCCGGUUUGCCCCCAGCGCGGGAUAUUCCACAUAUCCGCCCACAACCUCAGGGAGCCCCAGCCUCGUAUGUAAGGCUUGUGGCCAGGCCUUCUCUGUCUUCAGGAGGAAGCAUAUCUGCUGCGACUGUAAGAAGAGUUUCUGCACUCUGUGCUCUGUGCUUCAGGAGAACCUGCGUAUAUGUGCCACAUGUCACCUGCUGAAGGGGACGGCCUUCCAGAGACCACAGCUGAUGCGGCUGAGGGUCAAAGACCUGCGGCAGUACCUGCUGCUACGCAACGUCCCCACAGACACCUGCAGGGAGAAGGAGGACCUGGUGGACCUGGUGCUGUGUCACCAGGGGACAGAGGGGGAGGAGGACCCCGACAACCCCCUCUACACCCCGCCCCCCUCCGCCGCACGUUCCACCUCCGAGCUGUCUGCGCUCUCAGUCUCCGCCUCUCAGGGGGAAGCUCUCAGCAGGAGUGACAGCUCAGGGACAACCAACCAGGAUAUAGGCGACGCCACGUCUCUCUCCCUCCUGAACCUGGCACCCAGUGAGCACACACCAGAGGUGAGCCCUCAGACGCGGCCGCGAGCGCGGGCCUCUCUCUCAGACAUCUCCAGCCUGAGGGACAUCGAGGGCCUGUCCGUUAGACAGCUGAAGGAGAUCCUGGCCAGGAACUUUGUCAACUAUUCAGGCUGCUGUGAGAAGUGGGAGCUGGUAGAGCGCGUCAGCCGCCUGUACAGAGAGACGGAGGAGAACAUGAAGUCAUUGGAAAACGUGAACACAGCUUUAACUGCAGAUGGGGAGAAGGCCCAGCUGACCAACGUGGAUGACAACCUGUGCAGGAUCUGCAUGGACUCCGUGAUCGACUGCGUCCUCCUGGAGUGUGGUCACAUGGUCACCUGCACCAAGUGCGGCAAGCGGAUGAGCGAGUGUCCCAUCUGCAGGCAGUACGUUGUGAGAGCCGUGCACGUCUUCAAGUCCUAAUGUCUCAACCCACCACUUCCACCAUGUCACAUCUUCAAAACAUUCACCUCCAGAGAAACAGAUCUGUGUUGUUCUGUCCUAGUUGUGGGUGUUCUGUUGUUAUCCCCUGAAACGCUUACAUUAUUUGUAAACUUGAUCAUGAAUUUGAGAAAUGCAGUGUGUUUGUUUUUUCCCCACUUAAUUUUUUUCUUGGGACUAAUCAGUGUUUGACCAAUGAAAAGGAGGGCAGCAGUCUACCCUUUAUAUUAACCCAUUCCAUUUAUAAACGCAUCCUUGACGUUUUCUCAUCUACUGUAUUUUUAUGUUAUGCUUUUAAAACAAGAAUGUGAGCUGUGUGUACCAUCGUUCCCAGGUACCUACAGAGUGAACCACUAAUUGUGGCUGGUAACUCCCUGUCCCAAUGACCAAACCCUAUCAUGUAAUGUCUGCCCAUAUAGGUCUAUUUUGAUUUGGAAGGAAGUCUCACAUUUGUUUUAAUUCUGUCAUAAUGUCUUAGCGCUGAAUGUUAAGAUGAAUAAGAAAACGGGUGCUAAAUACGUUGAAAUGUUUUUCCUGUUUUCCGUUUGUUAGUAUACCAACUUAAAUUGUGGAUAUCGUCACUGUCUGAAAACCUUAUCUCCAAAACAAACUUCAGGAAAUGACCAUAUUUUCCCAUUAACGAACAUACAAUUAUGAAACUUUUGAAGUUAUUUCGAAUACAUUUUCUUGGUCCUAGAGUCAAAUGUUCAGAGUACAACAUUUGAGGGGAGUUCCUGCUUUCAAUAGAUGAAAAACAUAACUUUAAAAUAAUUCCAUCAGACAGCAAAAAUAUGCUUUGAAUAUUUUCAGUUUUCUUUUCUUGGAAGUGGGAGGAAUAUUGUCUUUUUAAUUAAUACAUUAUUGUAGUUAACACAACUAAUCAAGUAUAUAGCUGCAAGUUUACUGCCACUUGUGGGAUAUAAAGUAUAUUGAGGAAAAGUGACUUGCUGUACAGUUGCAUAUAAUGUUUCAUAUCAGUAUGAAAUGUACAUAUCUAUUUUUUCCAUUUGAUUUGAAUGUGUAAUUGAAUUGAAGAUUUCCCUCAGAUUAGUUUAUUAAAGAGUAAGGUUUCACUGUCAGGUGGAUUGAAAUGUGUUACUGCAUUGGUUUGCUUGAGUGGUCUGUCCUCAAAUGAGAAGCAGAGCAUGAUGACCGUCUAUGGUUGCGUCCAAAAUGGCACCCUAUGCCCUAUGGGGCUUUGAACAGUACAUGGCACCCUAUGCCCUAUGGGGCUUUGAACAGUAAAUGGCACCCCAUGCCCUAUGGGGCUUUGAACAGUAGUGCACUAUAUAGGCUGAGGAUAGGGUUCCAUUUUGGACAUAGGCACUGAGAUUGGGUUGGAGAGGUUUCCUGCUCUUAAAAUACCAUGCACUGUACUGUAUCACACAGUCAACUUCCCUUUGGAAGGGUAUGCUAAACAAAUUGUGCAAGGUCUGGUCUUUGUAUUUGGGAAUGUUUAACCUUUUAUUUUGGUAAUUAAAGAUGAAUUACAUUA